GUCGCAUCCAAACUGGCAACAAAAUAUAUCAUCUGGGAAUGGAGAAGGUAUCCUUCUGUCAAGCAAUGAAACAAUGUGAUGAUUUAUCCAUGAAACUCAGCACAAUAGAAAACGAGUCUGAAAAUGAAGCAGUACUCAAAUAUCUGACAAAGAAAGGUGUAAACACGCCAGUUUGGAUUUCUGCUAACAAGUGUUAUGGAACUAAAUGGUAUACUUUGGAUGGCAAAGAACUGUCAUAUUUCAACUGGAGUCCGAAUGAACCUCAAGGAAAAGGAUAUUGCGUAGGAGUUACAGACUCUAAUAAUUCUCUUGAGUGGAAGGAACUGUCGUGCAAAAAUCAACUUCAAUAUGUUUGUGAACGUUACCAGCUCGAGGAUGAGUGCGAAAGUAAGGAGGUAUCCCUCUUGAAAGUUGAACUUGAGGGUCAAACUUGUUACAUUAAAAAUACAACUGAAGUGGAGCCUCAGUUUAUUUUCAUUGAUAAGCAGAUGAAAAACCAUGAAGCUAUUGAGUAUUGUAAGCGGCAGUCAGGUGGCAAGUUGUUGGAAAUACUCGACGAAGAAAAACUGGAUACUGUUUUCCAGGCUAUGAAAGAAAAAG